GCCUCUAUAAAUUCAAAGCCUCUCAUCUCUUUUUCCUCAAUUCACCGCCUACUAAAGUACCAACUUAGAAGCAACCAUUUCCUUAAACAUGGUAAAACCCACUCUUCUUUUGCUACUCGUCUCUGUACUACUCUACAUUUCAAGCACAGCAACAUCUGCUGCAGCCCCUGCUGCUGCCUCUAAUUUCAUUAAGGCCUCGUGUAGAACCACCACUUACCCUGCACUAUGUAUCCAGUCUCUAUCUGCCUAUGCCACUUCAAUCCAGCAAAACCCACUCCAACUGACACAGACUGCCUUGUCUGUUAGCCUGGAAAACGCACAGUCCACCAGAACAUUUGUUUACAAAUUGACAAAGUUCAAGGGAGUUAAGCCCAGAGAAAUGGCGGCCCUUAAGGAUUGCUUAGAAGAGAUUGAUGAUACUGCUGAUAGACUUUCCAAGUCUUAUAAUGAGCUCAAGAACCUGGGUCAUUACAAGGGUAAAGAUUUCCAAUGGCACAUGAGUAAUGUAGAAACUUGGGUCAGUGCUGCUUUGACAGAUGAGAAUACUUGUACUGAUGGAUUUGCUGGUAAGGCCUUGAAUGGGAAGAUGAAGUCUUCAAUUAAAGCUAGAAUAGUUAAAGUUGCUCAGGUUACAAGCAAUGCACUAUCUUUGAUUAACAAGUAUGCCUCCAAGCAUUAAUUAAGCUGCUUGUGCUUGUGUGGUUGCAGAAAAUUAAUGUUUAUAUAUAAAUAUAAAUAUGCAGUCAAUUUUGUAUGAAGGAGUUCUCAAACUCCAAAUCUCCAUGUAAGGGUGUUUAUGGAAAUGUUUUGAGUGAUGUAUAAUAUGAACAGUCUGCUUUUACCCA